AUGUUGAUUGUUUUGAAUUUCCAUAUAGCCAGUGAGAUAUUUUUUGCAUCUCGUGCAGCUAACUAUAGCUAUCUAUGCCAGUCUGUUUCUUACAGCUAUGAUCCAAAUGAAAUGAGGGUAAUCCAUAUUCUUAUGUACUCUUACUAUGGAUUAUCAGCCAUUGGCCCAAGUGUUUAUCCAUAUCUUUGGUGGAAAAAAUAUCUUACUAUAAUACAGUUGAUCCAGUUUAUAUUUGGAAUGUGCCAUGCUUUUCAGUCUUUGGGUAGAGGAUGCAACUUUCCUGUUUGGAUGCAUUGGGCACUUAUUUUCUAUGGUGGCAGUCUUUUGUUGCUUUUCCUUAACUUUUAUCAUAAGUCUUAUUUAAAUAAGAAAAAUAAGUCCUCCCAAAAUGCAAGUGUUAGCUGUAAUGGUCUUCCACACACUGAAGAUACAUCUAAUAAUACCAUUCCUUCCAGUCCAUUGAGCAGAGACACUAUCCUUCGCAGACGGAGUUUACAUCCACAUGAUCAUUAA